CAUUUGAUAAUGCACAUGUCGGUGGUGAAGGCGUUGGCAGAAGUAGGCCACAAUGUCACAGUCGUGUCCAUGCUAAAGCCCACAAUAACGCAUAAGAAUAUACAUCACAUAUAUGUGCCACCCACUGAAGAACAGGAGCGCAAUCUCGAGGACAUGAUGUCUGGUAUGGCCAAGCAGAAGAACUCUAUUUUCUCGAUAGUGAAAAAACUAUUGAGUGAUAAGAACGUGGUGAUUGAGGCCCAAUACGAUUUGAUGUUCGACGAGCGUUUGCAACGCAUCUACGACACUAAAUUUGAUUUAAUGAUUCAGGGCUUCUUCCUUAAUGAAUUCCAAUUGGGCGUGGCUGCAAAACUGAAGUGUCCUGUCAUUAUUAAUUGGAUGCAAGCCCCAAUGGCCACAAUUGAUGCGCUCGUUGGCAAUCCAUAUGAGAUCAGUUAUGUGCCCAACAUGAACACGGUGGUAAAGCCUGGAGAAGGGAUGGGAUUUUCCAAGCGCUUAGAAAAUCUUAUAAAGCAGAUUUUUGGCAUAUACAUAAAGUCACUUUUCAAUAAGCGCUCGAAUAUUAUGUACAAACAAAUUUUUGGCAAUGAACCGAACUUUCCCAGCAUCGAACAAAUGCGACGCAACAUUUCGCUAGUAUUUACAAAUAGUCAUUCGAUUAGUGAGGGUCCGAUACGACCUUUUGUGCCCGCCACCGUGGAGAUUGGUGGCAUUCAAGUCAAGGACAAGCCAGAUCCAUUGCCGAAGAGAAUACAGGACUUUUUGGCAAAAUCAAAGCAUGGUGCCAUUUUAUUAUCACUCGGAUCGAACAUUAAGAGCUCGACAGUGAAACCUGAAAUUGUGAAAACGAUGUUCAAUGUAUUGUCAAAACUAAAGCAACAUGUCAUCUGGAAAUGGGAAGAUUUGGAGAAUACGCCUGGCACUUCCUCAAAUAUACUGUAUGAAAAAUGGUUGCCACAGGACGAUAUACUGGCACAUUCUAAGCUCAAGCUCUUCAUUACACACGCCGGCAAGGGCGGCAUUACGGAGGCCCAAUACCAUGGAGUACCCAUGGUAGCGCUACCAAUUUUUGGGGAUCAACACACCAACUCUGAAGCCAUGCAAAAAUCGGGAUAUGGCCUUAAGCUGGAGUUGCUGCAACUCACAGAGGAUAAGUUCAGGAGCACCUUAUCAGAGGUAUUGGAAAACGACAGAUAUGCGAACGAAAUCAAAAAGUUCUCGGAUCUUUAUCGGGAUCGUCCGCUUACUGCUAAGCAGUCAGUGGUUUUCUGGGCAGAGUAUGUGAUCCGACAUAAGGGAGCGCCCAACAUACAAAGUCCCGCCGUACACAUGUGCUGGAUAGCGUAUUAUAAUUUAGAUGUGUAUGCCCUCAUUAUUUCCGUGCUAGUUGUGGGUGUGCUGUUGACUCGUCUAGUUCUGAAACUCAUUUGCCGUAAAUUAAGCAGUAAGUGUAAAAAAUCGAAAGCCAAGCAGCAGUAA